AUGUUAAGGACAAAUGAAAUCGGAUUAAUGUUGAGAUAUUAUAUUAGUAUAGAUAGUUCGGAUGAUGGUGUGGUUGAGAAUGCUGAGAUUAAGGCUGAAAAUGCCAAGGUUAAAGUUAAAAAUGCUAAACUAAAGCAGGCUAUAGAGGAGAAUGAGGCCAGACUUGCAAAAUUAGAGCAGAGUGAUAAAGAAAAAGCUAAACUCAUUGCAGAACUCAAUUGUAAUGUCAGAAAAAUCAAGCAGGAGCAAAUUAUUGUUGACGUUACAACACAGCCUAGUACAGGGUUGGGAAUUAAUCUUGAUAAAAAUUUAUACUACUCUAAUAUAAAAGAUACCUAG